CCACAACUAAUUUUCAUACUGUACUUUGUUAUUAAAGGAGAGAGGGUACCUCUUCUUACUCUACUACUAUUACUACUAACAGUCUAACACCAAUUCUCUCUCUCUCUGUUCUUGUUCAAUCUUUUUCUGUGCCCUCUACGGAACAAGGCAAAGUCUCAGCCCACCAACUCGCCAUCAGCACUGAAUCAACAAUAAUAAAACAUGUCAUCUUCGGGCUCUGCCACAAGGCCUGGCAGCAGCAACUCUUCCACGGCCUCCCCUACCCCUCGCUCACUGGUCAGUGGCGGAAGCACUCGGACUCGCCCUUCUUCUAGAGGAGAAACAGGCUCGCCUGGAGGAAUGGGUGAAUCUCCUGUGGUGCACAAUGUGGUGACUACUAUAGGUGGAAUAGGGCGGCCAUUACGUGUGACCAGCAACCAGUUCACUGACAUUAAGAAGUUCUUUGAGAAAGGAUGCAAUAAUAAUGAUAAGACUGAAUCUUCUGGAGAAGAUAACAGCAGUGUGCAGCCAGCAGCCAGACAGAACUACUCUUCUACCAGCGACAGAGCUUCUGUUGUGUCUCCUGUUGGAGUUGGCUCGUCGAGUCGUCGUGGCAACAGCACAAGCAGCUCUAGCACUAGUGGAAACUUACGACUUGAUGAGACGGGACAAAAAGAGGAAAGCCAGUCUAGUCAGAGCCAAUCGGACGAAGGAGAAGAGUUUAUACAGCAACCAGAGGGAGGGACAGAAGGAGUGGACAGGACCAUUUCCCCACAAGGAGCCAGUGACAAACAUUACAAAGAGGACAAGAGUCCUUCGGCUAGUAGAAGGUUCCCUACCUGUGUACUGGAUGGACGUAGUGUUCACAAGGAGCUGGACAUCAGCAAGAGGACUUGGUCUAAUUGGAGCGAGGGGGGCCAGCGUGUGAAGACAACCGCUUCAUCUUCAACAAGUGACUCAGAUCAGGACCUCCUUCUAAGAAUCGAUAGUCUGUUAAAGGAAAAAAACAGAGCUGAACUGGAGUUGAAGGACUUGUCUGAAAGGAACCAGUCGCUUCAGAGGGAGCUGCUCUUUCAACGUAAAUCCUUCACAAUGUCCCAGGAUCGUUCGAAUGACGUCAUUGAGAGACUUAUAUCAGAGAAUAAUCAUCUAACGAAAUCACUGAGUAUCGUGGAGAAGGAGAAAGAUGAGGUGUCAUUGGAAGCAAAAGAGAUCCAGAAACAAUACGAGGAGAAUAUUGAAAAACUUGAUCAGGUGGAGAAGAUAUACAGAGAGGCCGAGCAGCAGAAUCAAGAGAUUAGCGAUGAGCUAGCGACUGUCAUGAAAGCAACAAGCAAACUAAAAGAACAGAAAACUAAACUAGACGGAGAAAUUCAAGAAGCACGCAAGACCAAGGAUUCUCUCCGAGCAACCAUACAAAAACUCAGAGACCAAAACUCGUCGCUAGAGGAAAGGCUGGGGGCUCUCACUCGCGAGAAGUCUUUGCUCUCAAAAGAGAGAUCGCUAAAGGAGUCGACCGAGAAAGACCUCACCAUAAAAUUGGACGAGACUGAGAAACUCCUUGCGCAAGUUGAAGCCGAGAAUGAUCGCGUUUCAGAGAGCCUUCACAAAGUCGAGCGAGAGAAAGCGUCGCUCUCUGAUCAGCUCUUAACGAUGGAGUCAACCCUCCAGACGCUAAAAGGACAAGUUGAAGAAGGAAAGAAAGAGAGAGAGAGUCUCAACAAAAAGCUUACCUCCCUUACACAGAGAGAGCGAGUGUUAAAAGAAAGCGAGUCCCACCUGCUUAAAGAGGUUGAGUGCUCUGUUAAUCACGUCCUUGCUCAGUACCCUGCUCUCAAAACCAGACUGAACACCAGCGGAUCACAAGCAGGGAAGAGAUAUACAGAACAGCCUUACCAGUUGAGACGAAUGAUGUCAUUACACAGAGCUGUACUGAUAGAGCUCUCUCGCUUAGAAAAGGACAAAGAGUCGGCACAGGCGUCUGUUGCUAGUCUUUCAAAGACUCUUGAGGAGAAGGAGACGCAACUGUCUGAAAAAGAGAAAGCUAAUUCACAACUCAGGGAGGAAUAUGAGGCACUAAGCACAGAAUCUGAGCAUCGCUAUACCGAGUUACAGUCAGAGUAUCAAGAGGCCCUGCAGAGCUUUGAGAGAGAAGGAGAGAGACACAGGGAGGAAAUGAACGAGCUGCUCCAAGUCAACGAGACGCUCGAAGAAGAUAUAGAAGAAGUCUCGAAUUCGUAUCACGCCAUUUUGGAGGAGAAGAAGGCAGCAAAAGCAAGUCUCGUGAAGCAAGAGGAAGAGUUUUGUGUCAUUGUGGGACAUUUGCUGGCGGAGAAAGCUUUGCUCUCGGCUUGUUUUGCGUUAAAUAAAGAAAGACUCUCCACUCCUCCUACUCAGUCUUUGUCUUCAGGUGGAGACGAGGACCUACAGUCACUCCUCCUUGAGAAGUCUUCACUGAACGAGAGCCUCAAUGCUGUUAAUACUCAAUUGGAUGAGGCACGAGGCCAGUUGAAGAAGAGCCAAGAAGAGAGACAGGAGCUGCUGCUGGAGUCGGAUAAACUUAAAGUACAACUGAUGACAGAAAUCAGUUUAUUAAAGAGUCAAGUAUCUGGAUUAGAGAAGGAUAAUGCUCUACUGGAGAUGCAAGCUUCUUCUAAUGGCUCCAUUCCUCCUGGCAGUAACAGUGCAUUCCAGCCGGUCGUUACCGCCCCCGCAGUGAGUGGGAGGAGCAAAGCUCAGAAUGAACUCGUACUAGAGCUACAGCAUAAAGUGAUGCUACUGGAGGGCGAAAACAAACGAUUAAAUGAUAUCAUUCACAAUACGUCUUCGUCCCUUGAUAAAGGGAACACUCAGCGGAGGCAGCUGCUAGAGAUGAGGAAGAAGGUUUAUUUCUUGGAGUCUGAGAAGAGGCAGCUCACGGACAAAGUCUCCAACCUUCAUGCAUCCCUCAAGAUGAUGAGAGAGAGUAAGGACAGACUGACACAAGAUAGACUCAAGUCCUUGCAAGAAGAGAACACAUCACUCCAGGAUCGUAUUCGCAGCAUGGAAGACAUGUUCACUCGUAAGCUAAUGAACGCCGAUGCCACUAUAGCCUCUACUGCCAAAGACAAUGACGUGCUUCAACACAAACUGAGUCUCAUCCCAGAGUUCCUUAAAGGUGUGAAAACCUUUAGCGAGAGCCUCUCGAGUCUCUCGUCCCUUGUUCAGACCCAAGAGGAAGAACUCAUCAGUUUGAAAGCGAGCCUCUCGGGAGCCAGUGGCAUACUCUCGCCAGCUGGUGAUAUAAUGGAGAGAGUCCUAAAGUGUCACUCGGAAAUACAAGAGAUUAUUCCCGCGAGGCCACAGCCGGACGAGAGUGCCACGCCCUCUCAACGCGGCCCCUCUACUCUCACUCGUCUUGGUUCUACAAAUGCCCGCCCUCCUGUCUUUCAGCAGGUAUCUCGUGAGUACAUAUCCAGUCUUGAAGGUACUAGUGGCAUCGUUAGUCCUGUCCCAAUGAGGUCUCGGUCUCAGUCCCAGUCCGCUGGAGACGGAGGUGCUAAAGGUGGGGCUUACGUUCAUCAGAUUCGUGAGAAACUCUCCAGUCUUUAUGCCGAUAGUUUGAGUAUUAAGGAUCUUUUAAAGCACGUUCACGAGUCCUUAGGCCUGAAACAGUCAGAGAUCUCUGGCCUACAAAAGAGUUUUACGACAUUCCAGAACGAACUCAAGUCCUCGCUGAGGGUCCUCGAGGAGACUGGGGACUCACUCGCAUUACUAUGGCAACGGGAACUCCCCUCAGAGCAGUUGAACUCCAUAGUGAUCCUAAAGCAUCAGGUUGAGACAUGGCAGGAUAAAGUGAUUGCAAGGGACAUGGCACUUAAAGAUAUUGACUUGCAAAUGAAGGAAGAUUAUGAAGCACACAAUAGGCGUUUCUCACUCCUCAAAAGUCAAGUUCUUGACCUAAAGGAAGAGAUAUCAGUUGGAUCAGAUAAACUAUUGGCUAGAGACCAGUAUAUACAGGAACUGGAGGAGAGAUCACUGAACGCUGAGUCUGAGCUGUAUAAGCUAAGGAAGGAGAAUGAACACACUCUGUGUAUACUACAAGAAUCUCUUAACGUUCCUGAAGGAUUCACAAUACAACUACAAAGUCAUAGUGGCAACAUUUCAGAGCUGGUCCGACUUCAGAGUGAAGAGCUUCAUCAUGUCAAAGGAAUAUUGAAUGAGUACAUUUACCAAAUCAACCAACUGCAAGCAAGGCUGGAGUCCACUCACCACGAGAACAGCUUGUUGAAGCAUCAGAGCAUUGAGCAAGAGAGGCACCACAGACUAGUAAUGGAGGAACUCCACACUGAGAGGGACUACCUCAGGACACUCAACUUCCAACUCAUUGAACAACAGUUUAAAGUUGAAGAUGUUGGGGAUUUGUUAAAGAAACUGAAGAGAUCUCAGGAAGCCAUUGCUGAACAGAGAGAAAUACGAAUGAUGGGAACAGAGUUGGAUAAUGCUAAGUUAUUGUUGAGAGAGAAGGAGUUACGUAUAUCCGAGUUAGCUCAUCAAUUAGACACUCAGAAACUGGACGCACUCAAGGGACACCAUCGCACACUCCCAACUCCUCCCACAGGAAUAGGAAAUGAUGUACUCCUGAGCACAUCUCAUGGAACCUAUCCACACAUUGUUCCUGCUUCUCGUGGUUUCUCUCGUCCUCACAGUGCAAGUUCUGCCGAGUCGGCACGACCGCCGCGUUACACAAUGAUCACUGAUCGGAAUCAUCCUAAAGUUAUUAAUAGAAGCAAGCUCCCAUCGAUGCUUGAAGCUGGAGAUUUCUUAAUUCAACUUCCUCCGUCGACGACCAAUGGAGAAGGAGUCAACGUUGACCUGGAGAAACUCAACCAGACGACAGAGAAUGAGGGCUAUUACAUUGGAUACACUGUAGUCACUGAUGACGAAGGUGGUAUGGCUUUAACUGAUGAUGCCUCUCCAAAGAUACCACAAAAGAACCGAAUCAAAAGACAUCGUCGGACGGCAUCCACCGGCUCCGAUAACCUAAAGAACUUCCUCUCGUCAGGUUCAAGCGCUUCUGAUAGCCGCCCGCCCCCUAAUCACUCCUCCACCCUCCCACACUCCGUUGCUAGGCAACACAGACCGCCUAAACGCCCGGGAAGUGCUGAUUCCAUGGUCUAUUCUCCUGGAGUGGAGACAAGUGGAGCAGAAACAGUUACCGAGGGAAAAGGAAGGAUGGGAGAGACCAAUAAUGAUUUGAUCGGACGCUACGCUAAAGACAUGCAAGAAGAGAUUGGCGAGAUGAUUAAUAAACACAACAGUACUAACAAUGGAGGUGGGGGCGGAGAAAAUGAAGAAGAGAAGUUGCAACGGACUCCUCCAUUGGCUUUAUCAACCGUUCAACAACCGGUGGCUACUUCAGGAGGAGGAGGAGGGGGGAAGGAGAAAGUAGGAGACAAGGUUAGUAGUAAAGGAGAGAGCCAGUCGUCAAAACCAAGAAUAUGGACUCAUCUCACGAGACAAUUUGGAGGAGGAAAGACAUCAGCUAAAGAGAAAGUAAAGGGACUUAAUAAGAACCAUGACAGCAGCAGCACUCCUAAUACUAUACCAAUCACCGAUCCUAGCACAACGACCAAUAAUAACAAUGGGAAGGACAAGCAACCAGGAAAGACUCUACACCAACAGAAACUCUUUCCCGAAGACGAGCUCUCGGCCACUCUCUCUCGCAUACCCAGUCUGACCAGUUCUGUCGGUCGCUCGGACAGUUUUGCAAGUACAUGUACCUCAUUUUCAGGACUGGGCGGAGAGAGUUCCCCUUACUCCACCCCCUCUCUAGACUCCCUAUACAUUGACUCAUUUGAUAACAUGCUCCACCUACCAUUUUAUAAACGAGGACCAGCUUAUACCCCAGUAGUCGGUCAUCAUACUUCCAGUUCGGACGAAGAGACUCGUCCUUAUAACCCCGCUAGGACUCUUAAACGGAGCACGCUAGUCGAGAAAGGCUCAAAGACUUUACCGCAUCAUUUCCAGCCGGUCCCAUUGGCAGGCAUGGGUAUUCACCAUCGCACGACGUCCUCCUGUGACUCGGACCAACUGGCAAGUCACAUGACGUAUCACGGUAUUCCCCUUCAGCGCUCGGAGAGUAUCAGUAUCUCUGAUAUGGAUAAGGACUUGACUGAUCACGAGGGAAUGCAGGAGAAGAUCCAGAGCCUCACAAAGCAGAUGGGCAAAGUAAGGAGGAGCUCUACUGGGUCUGUUACUAUAUGUACUCACUCUGGGAGCUCAAUGGAAGACAUUAAAGGAGUUGACCAAUAUUAACCACUUUCUCUAAGGAAGAACCUCAAUCAAUCUGACAUAAUAUAUUUUUAUAUAAACAACAACAUGUUAUUAUUAUUAUUAUUAUUAUUCUUUGUGUAUAUCAUGUCAUGGAUCUGCUCUGUUCUAUGUGUAUGUUUGCCACUCAUUUCACUUAAGAUUUUUAAUCCUACAU